AUGAUGCAUCCGGCCUUAGUAAAUCAACCCAAUCCUGCUACAAAAGCACCUUCCCCUACACCAGCAGUCUCACCGCUGGACCACCCCGCUUUUGCAAAUGACCAGAGACAACAACAGCAACAGCAACAGCAAACAGGGCAGUCCCCACAGGCGUCUGUUGCUAAUGAUUUGUCUGGUUUCCAUCAUCAGACAAUUCAGGUGACUUCUCCGGGGCCAUCUAGCGCAGGUCCAGCGUCUCCACCACCUCUUCCAGAGGGAUGGAUUGCCCACAUGGAUCCAAGCUCGGGGCAGUAUUACUAUAUCCACUUGCCCACGCAAUCCACUCAGUGGGAGUUCCCGAAGGGACCUACGCCGCUUAAUCUCAACGACACGCCCUUGUCCCCAGUGGGAAGUGUGUAUAGUGCCCACCCGCUAGUUUCUCCGGGUCUGUCGGCUUUCGGGAAGCCUCUGGCGUCGCCGGGUGUGCCUUUGACCCCUGGCUUUGAGAGCCUACAGUCUCCCAUUGUGUCUGGCUUCUCUGGGCCCCCACCGAGUAGUGGUAUGGAUCUGUACAAAAACGCUCCAACCAACGGUGUCUACUUUGGUCCUUAUCUGCGCUACGCCAACAUGGAUAUCGAGCGUGGAAUAUGGAUGGGAUCUAUCCUUCUUGUGACAGAUGCCGCACAGCCACCCACGAUUCACAUGCACCAGAGUCUAGAUCUGUCUCCAAACCCGAGACAAUUGAAGGCAGUUAACAUUGCUGCCCAUCAACGUUGGACUUUCUACAAGUAUGAGAUUGAUCUGCAGAUGGACGAUGCGGGUCCUGCGAAAUGGACCUACGCUAUCACUUCGCACCUUGGCUGCACUCGCUAUGAGUUCCUUGUCGCUGGUCGACACGAGACUAACUGGCGGUUUAUUGCUACCUCUGGAAAUGACUUCUCGCUCAAUGUAAAUGCUGGUGAGCGGGCUCGUCUGGGUGGCGUCGGUUACAUGUGGAAGGAUAUCAUGCAGAAGCACAAUGAGAUCGGAGGUUUCCACGCUCAGUUAUGCCUGGGUGGUCAGAUCUAUGCGGAUCGCAUGUGGAAAGAGAUUCCAUCUCUCAAGCAGUGGUUGACUAUCAGCGGAAAAGAAGCUAGAAAGAACGCCCCUUGGACAGCGGCUAACCAGCAGGAUGUUUCUUACGCAUACUUCCAUUACUAUACCAGCCACUUCGAUCAACCCCACAUCAGGGAGUCAUUCGCGCAGAUUCCUUAUGUCUGCCAGAUUGAUGAUCAUGACAUCUUCGAUGGAUUCGGCUCGUAUCCUGAGCACAUGCAGUUCUCCAACAUGUUCAAGAACAUCGGCCGCAUCGGUAUCGAGAUGUACCUCCUCUUCCAGCAUCACACAACCCUCGACAUCCUUCGCAACGUCAGCAACGACAUGGACCUCUUCACUAUCACUGGCACAGGCUGGCACUUUGUUAAAUACCUUGGUCCUGGUGUCGUCGUCGUCGGUCUAGAUUGCCGCUCAGAAAGAAACCCACACCAGGUCAUGGCCGGUCCCACGUACCAGGGUCUCUUCCCAAAGAUUGCUAUGCUCCCACCCAGUGUGCAACACUGUCUCUGGAUGGUCGCUGUGCCAAUCAUAUACCCCCGUCUAGAGACGGCAGAACACAUCGUCCAGACCGUUGCAACAGGAAAGCGAGCCGUGACUGGCGCGUACAAUGUGCUAGGCAAGGUAACCAGCUCGGUAGCCGGAGUAGUCGGCGCCAAAGACUUCGUCGGCUCGGGCUUCGACUCUGUGAAGCGAGCCGUAGGCAAAUCCGGGCUGAUGGGUGGUAUACUGAGUCCAUUUGGCGAAUUUAGCUCGAUGGACGAGCUACGCGACCAAUGGACGCAUGAGUCAAAGGACCUCGAACGAACAUAUCUCAUCCGCACACUCCAAGGCAUCGCACACCAAAAAUCAAUCCGCAUGACCUUCCUCUCUGGCGCUGUCAACGUCUGCGGCGCAGGUCUCGUCCACGACCCCUCAAGCCCCUCAGACCACAAGACAAUGUACCAACUCAUCGCCUCAUCCGUCGUCAACACCCCGCCCCCAUCGUACAUCAUCAAACUCCUACACAGCCACAGCAAGCCCCUUUAUAUCCCCUCCAACGGCCACAGAUCCUCCGGCCAGGUGAGCGAUACCAAGGAAGAUAUGAUGGAGAUCUUCCAAACAGACGUCAACGGCCAGGCGCGUGAGUACCGCAAGCUCAUGGCGCGCAGGAACUACGUGGCUAUUGUGGCUUAUGACCCCGAGGCGGUUAAUCCUUCCUAUGGACAUAUACCAUCCGGCGCUAGUAAAUUGAGUCUUGCGGCGGACUUCAUGGUGCAAGGUGAUGGGGCGCUUGGAAAUGUGGUUAAAUUUGGACCUGUUAUUGUGCCGAGUUUGGAUCAAGGUCGCUGA